UUUUCUCAUUCGGGCUUUCAGGCUCAUGGUCAUUCCUUCCUCUCGACUUUUGUUCCUCUCGAUGUCUCUAUUAUCCAGACAAGACCAGUGCUUGAGGUCUCCAAAGCUAAUCCACAUUGCAUGAGGAGUGUGAGAUAAUCUACGGUCGUCUACAAGCAAGAGAUAUCUUUAAAAAAGAGAAAGUACAUAUGGUGUCCGUCCACUCCAACAAUCGAAAUGCCAAUCGAGUGAGGGUAUCCCUGGCAACGGUAUUGCUCUUUGUGGUGGCAAUAUCCGUCGGAUAUGCCUUGCUGAUCCUGUCAUUUGCCACUGGCAACCCUGUAGAAACAGAACCACAAAUUUCCACUACAACUAGCAGGAAGGAAGAAAUCUCAGGGGAUCAAGCAAAAAGUCGGAUACAACAGCAACAACAACAACAACACAAACUGCUGGAAGAAAAAAAAGCUGCACCGGUUACUACUGCUGACAAGAACAUACAGCAACACCAAGCUUCAACAACAGUACUGCAGGCAGGAAACGACCAAAAUACCAACAAAAUAGAAACAAGUGAGAGACAGGAACAAAACCCUUCGCCGGAGGAAUCCAAAGAAGCCUCCAACGAGGCAGGGGAUGACCACAAUGAUGGUAACAAUAAUAAGCCAAUAAUUCAAAACAACCAAGCUAAGGGACCCAGAGGGAAACGCAACUUUCGAAACGUCGUUUUACCGGGAGCAUCCAUGCAAACAACCAAAAGGAAUGGGUGGAUGGCCAAGCCACAUGGGGAAGGAGUCCAACCACAAAUCAUUAUCCCAAAUGAAAAUGUGUUGAAUGCCAUGGAAGAGGAGGAAGAAGAGGAAGACGAUGAUGAUGAGACUCCUCCCGAUCCAGAACACGUACUCAAAGCAUUUGUGGAACCCAUUGAUUUCAAAGAAUGGGAAACCAAACCACUUCCCAAGCGCAGCACGGCCACAGCGGACCAACUAGAAAUGAAUACCUAUCCAAAACUCAAUUCCUGCAAAAAAGUGCCGCAAAUGAUCCCAGUCAACGAGUAUCCGGAUUAUGAUCCCUUCCUCCCUUGGAUACAUGAUGUAUUUCCUACCCAUGAUGGCAAGUACAUUCAGUUUGUGGCACAAAACAGGAGACGGUGUCAUACAGGCACAACACCCGAGGAAAAGGAAAUUCUGCACUUGACACAACCCAAUAUUGCACUCUUUCAACAUGUUCCGGUCAAGAGAAUCAACCAAGACGGCGAAACACGAUAUAAACUCACAUCCCAUGAUCAAGCCGAUCCCGAUGGAGUGGCCACUCGAUUCAUUUGCCGAUUCAAACCCAGCAUGGUAGAGACAUUGUCCGUCUUCAACUUUGACUAUGAUUAUGCCGCACAUCGCAAGAGGACCAAAUACACUUUUCAGUACAAGGAUGGAGGAAUCUUAUCCAUUCACACGUCCCAAUUGAUCUUUAAAUGUCCCGUGCCAGACGAUCUGGUGGACAGUAUCAAAUCCGGAGAAUCCGUCCAAGAUGAUGAUACGGCAUCCUUGUUUGUCGACGUGAUUCCCAUUCGAACGCCGCCACGAUACGGGCUGUCGAGCGAAUUCCUGCAACCCAAAUACGCGGAUCGAUUACCCCAAAAGAUGGAAGACCGAUUUGAUCCAACGGCGGAAUGGGGGGACGACCAUGUCAUUCCUCGGAUUGAAGAUUCCGGUCGAUGGGAAAACUUUCCAAUCUGCAAAACAACUCUGGAGGAAUAUUACCCUCAAGAACAACAACCAAGUGAUGAUGAGACUACUACUUUGAAACUCCAAAAGAUCGAAAAGGGCAAUCGUGAAAUUGCCCUCAAAGACCACCUGACGGCACCCAAGAAGCAUCGCUUGGUGGCAUGUAUGUGGGCUAGUGCAGGCUACACAACUCGUGGCAAUCGAUUUGCAGUAAAUGAUGGACAGAGACGCAUGUUGGAGUGGAUUACAUUCAACAAGAUGCUUGGGUUUGAGCACUUUUAUCUAUACGACAACAGCUAUGCCUUUUCCAGUGAAAUCACUUUGAAACCCAUUGCAGAUAUGUUUCCAAAUGAAAUUACAUACAUCAAGUGGCCUUUUCAUGUAUGCAACAACAAUCCAAACAACGUCGACAGUCCUGGCGAACGUUCUUCACAAUACGCGGCAGAAUCCUCUUGCAGGCUGAGAUUCGGCCCCCACGUGGAAUGGAUUGGCCAGUUUGACAUUGAUGAAUACUUGAUUCCAAUGGGCAAGUACACAAGCAUCAUUCCUAUUCUGGACGACCUUGAUCGAACCGGAUUGAAAAUCCUUUCCUUUGGUAGUUGGCGAGCAUGGCCUCGAAGAGAUUUAAUAAAGGAACCCGUACCUAUUCAUGAUACGGAGCAGUGUAGCAACAGCUUCCUCUGUUUUGAGUUGACUAUUCCUGAGGAUACCACGGUAUUGCAGACUUACAAUUGUGACCGCCAGUCUGGCCCCAAGAAGGAUGUCAUGCCAGCAGAGAAGCAAUUGUAUCGGCCAGACUUUGUAUUGCAGCACUUUAUUCACUAUUCCACAGUCACCGUCCUGUCCGAGAUGAAUAAAACCGAGUUCGAGGCCGCUGGGUUUCCCUGGCUCAAGACCCGAAUUGCGGGUCUACUCGGACGAUAUUCCGACGAAAUCAAUGAAGCAACAAUGCUGCAUACCAAAGCUGUGGCACGUCAGGAUACUGCUGGAUGGAAUAAGGCUUGCAAAGUAGGCUACAGCGACCCACGGGCCAGGUGCCGGAUUGGGGUGCCCUUUCCGUUUGACUACGACGAGGCAAAGCAUGGAGUCGGCGAUGACAAAGAUUGGGCCUACAACUGCUAUGUGAACAGGAAGACAGAAGAAUUUUGGGUUCCCAGGUUGCAAAAGGCGCUGAAGCAACAUACAGGCAACAAUGACUUGAAUAGCAAUUUUUGAGUGACCUUAUUCCAUCGAGGAUUCGAGUCACAACCCCACAUAAUACGGUACGGUGCAGGGGUUCCACGAGUACCCUUAUGGCUGACAGCUACGCUACCAACGUGAAUUGUCGUUGUGCUUUUGCUAGCUAGCGGAUGCGUAUCUUGGCCACAGUGCCUGGACUCAACAAUGGUGUGAUGAGUUUCCAAAGCAGAGCAACGACUCGCGGUGGAUGGAUCACAUCGAUCCGUUUGGCCGUCUCUGGGUAAUUGGCCUGCAGCUGCUGGACCCAAGGCUUGAGAACUAUGGAAAUGAAGGACGGUGAUAGCUGUUGGAUUCGAAAGCCGUCGAGAUCGCUGUUGGCAUUGACAAAGACCAUUGUUUUUUGUGCCGCGCUCUUGGCAUGCAGCUGUUUGUGGAGCGGUUCAAAAUUGUAGGUCCAAUACAAGAGGAAAUCUUGCAGAGAGAGCUCAUUGUCAUCUUGAAUAAUGAGGCGUGCCAGGUCAGAAGUUUGCCACUGUCCCACAUAGAGGGAUAUUAAAACAGAAUCCUCAAAGGAGUGGCCAUCAAAGUCACAAGGUAGCAAGUUGGAGAUGACUUGUAGCUUGGAAGGUACCUUGUAGGGAUAGACUUCUACUUGAGCCCUGACUAGGUCCACAUCAUUGUCGCGUCUCCAACGGAGAAAUUUUCGGUAGGAAAUGGAAGCGGAGACUGGAUUUUUGGCUCGAUCUUUCCGCAGGAACCGCAGCAUUCGAAUGUCACCGUAGACAUCCGGGAAUUGGGUCAGCACAUGGCACUCUUGUCCAUCUGGAAGGACCACCGUUUUGUCUUUCAAAUGUUGAAAGUCUUUCUCGAGAAGAACACGCAUGGUUGCCAGUGCCUCCAGUUCCUUGUCGUCAUUUUCUAGCUCUAAUGGCAAUGAGAUUUGUUGCUUCAUUCGUUCGACUGCCCUUUGACCGACAGGAAUGGGGUCCUGCUCUCCUCCCAGAAAUCCACGUUGACGUCUUUGUCGACGCUUGCCUCCUGGAUUCUUGCUCCCUGGUUUGGUUUUUCGGGCAAGUCGCGCCAACUGUGUCUUUCGAAUCUUCUUGGCUUGAUAAAAGACAGAUUCCACCCCUGCAGGAUCUCGCUCAUCACUUUUCAUUCCAUUCCGUGGGAGACCUUGAGAUAUUAUCUUGCGGGAGGCAAGAGGGGGCCAUUGACUUCCGCCCAUUACAAAGGCGCCAACCAGAAAGGUAGCAGACUUCAUAUUAUUAUCUCAAUCUAUUCAUGUAACAAGGUAGCUAUUUGUAGAGCCCUUCUCCUCGACUUCGGAACACAGGGAUGAGAUAGUGGUGUUGUGGUCGUCUCUUUGACAUCU